AAUUCAAGUUUCAAUAUAAGAUAAUAAAGCCAAGCACACAUUAAGUACUUAGCAGAUAAAUGCUUAACGUAAUAUAUACGAUAAUUAUCAAACAUAUGAUAGCAAAAACAUUACAGAAUACUCACUGUGCUCUCUCGUUGUCAAUAACUCCGCCCCUCACUCCCGGUUCUGUGUCUGCGGUUCUGUGACUGCGGUUCUGUGACUGCGGUUCUGAAACUGCUGGUGCUGCGGGUCUGCAGCUGGAUAUAUCUCGCGGGUGAGACUGAUCGAGACUCCGUUCGCUCGAGAGAGGAAGCGUUCUGAUACUGACAGAGGAGACAUGAGAGCUUGUGUUUCACUCUGCGCAGAUUAACUAGGACCAUGAUCCUAAAACGGCAAUAUUUCUCUGUCCACAUCAAAAGGAAUUUGGCGUAUCCUUGGUUUAUGUAUGGAGCGUGCUUCCAUUGCGUCUUUUGCUCUUAUAAUCCGAGAUUAACUCUAAAACAAGAUUAUGCUCCACUUUUAUACAACAGAAAUUACAGUCAUACAGUCUUAUUCCAUCAGGAAGGAUCAAUGAGUCUGUUUGUUGGAGGAAUAAAUAAUGUUCUACAUUUUGAUGUAGGUAGUCGUCAGAUUGUGGAGAACUUUACUCUGAAUCCAAACUUAAGGUGUGGUGAGAGCCCCUGUGAAAAUGUAAUCACAAUAAUUGAGAGAUUUCAAGACUACACAUUUGUAUGUGGAACGAAUGGAGAUCAGCCAAAGUGUUGGAAACUGUUUCCCAGAGAAAGCAAUCAUUCCACAGAGGUUGUAGAUGGCACAGGAAUCUCACCUUAUACAUGUUCACAAAACUCCUUGUCGCUGGUGGCAGAUGGAGAUCUCUAUGUGGCAGCUCCUCUGUACAGUGAUGGAACCCUGCUGCAGUUUCGCAGAAAAACUGGACAACGAAACAGCGUAUGGAUGUAUGAUCAAUGGGUCUCAGAACCCACGUUUAUUUCCAGUUUUCUGGCCAAGGACAAGAAUGACCCCUUGAAUGAGAAGAUAUAUGUCUUAUUUCGUGAGAAAAACUCAGACACGAGUCCAGAAGCGGAUCCUUGGAUAUCUAGAGUGGCCAGAGUGUGUAAGGUCGAUGAGGGCGGUCCCAAGCAGUUACUCCAGAACAUUUGGACCUCCUUUCUGAAGGCACGACUUGUGUGCGGGAUUCCUAGAGAGUCACUGUACUUUAACCGCCUGCAGGACGUUUUCAUCCAGCAUGCUGAUGACUGGAGGGAUUCACGAGUGUAUGCGCUCUUCUCCAGCAGCUGGUGUGUCAAACAAAGCAAUUCCAUUCCAAUUUCUACCCUUCAAAUUAUUAAAGACCAUCCAGAGAUGAAGGACUGGAUUCAUCCCAUUCAAAAAGACACACCUUUCUUCACAAGUAAUAAGAACUUCACCAAGAUAGCUGUUGACCGAGUCCAAGCUUCAGAUGACAGCAUACACAGUGUGCUGCUGCUUGCAACAGACAAUGGAGUGAUCCUUAAGAUCCUGGAGGACGGCUCCAAAGCAUUCAUCAUCUCUGAAACGCAUCUGUGCAAUGGUUCAGCACCUGUACAUUCAAUGAAACUUGACUCUGAGAAGAGGAAGCUCUUUGUAGGAUAUCCUGGUCAGAUUUCAGUGUUAGACCUGCAGAGAUGUCAAGACUACAAUGCUUCCUGUGAAGAAUGUGUCCUUUCCCGUGAUCCAUACUGCGCUUGGACUGAACAAGGCUGCACAUCACAAACUAAAGGAGGAAUACAAAACAUUGCUGAUGGACUCACUAAAAUAUGUCACCAAAAAUCAGAUGGAAGAUUCACAAGAGAUGUGCAACAAGCAUUGACAGCUCCAUUAGGGAUUGAACUCUCUGUGCCCACUGGCGUCCCCUUCUACCUCUCUUGUCCUGUCGAUUCCAAUCAUGCCUCUUACAAAUGGGAACAUGAUCAAAAGAGCAUCCCAGGCCAGCAGACACAAUCAGAAUGUCUCCUCCUCAUUCCAGCCAUGACGACUGACAUACAUGGCAAUUACAAAUGUACAUCCCAUGAACUCGAUUACACCAAAACGGUGAGGGAAUACAACCUCUUGAUUGGCCAAGUUAGGUCUGCUUCUAAUGAUGCUUUCAAGCUCAGAGCACAGGACUGGUUAAUGGCUGCAUUUGUCACUAGUGCCUUCUAUCUGCGCUCGCUUUAAGGUCAAGGUAGUUAUAUAAAUGUCAGUGCUUCCGUCUUCAAGCGCUUCUGAUGACCUGUAAGCUGAUUAAAACCAUCAGUCACAUGUUGCCAGGCGCCAGUAGUUGGUCUUAUCAAGUGAAGUUUAUAGGGAAGUAAACACUGAAGUAAAAGAAAGCAUCCAUCCUAGCAGAUAACUCGCAUGCUUGCCAUCUGUUGAGUGGCUGUUGAAUGUAUACAAUGCAGUCCAAAGUCUGAGACCACAAUGAAAAUUUGGGCUUUCAACUUUGGAAACUAGAAAUACUCAUCUUAGGUAACUGGAAAUUUUAGGACUUAGAAUUUUCAUGAAGUAAAAUGAAGAAGCAAUAUUUCAGUUGCACUAUUUCUAGGUCAUAAGACACUUUUUAAAACAUUCACCAGUAUCGUUACAUAAUAUAAUACACCAGUAGAUAGCAACAAGUUACUAUUUUCAUGAGUGAUUCUUUGAAUCAGCCAUUCAACCAAUUUGUUAAAAAAUGCUAAUUCUUUCAGGAACAGAACAAUGACUGUCUUUAUGAGUGAGUCAUUGAAUUAUUCACUCAACUGAUUAAUUCAAAAACGCUAAUUCGAAACAUUCAAAAACUUUCUUUAUUGAGGAAUGAAACGCCAAUACCCUGUGUUCCUCAGAGUCACACAACAAUUUUGCUGUGGCUUCGUUUGGAACCUUUUUCAUUAGUGGAGCAAAAACGCAUACACUUGUUUAUUGGGCUGUUAAAAGCAAUUUCACACUCGCAGAUGUGCUAUUCAUAUUAUUAUUAUUAUAUUAAUAUUAGAGGGGCUGUGAUUUAAACAACAGCUCUCUUGCUCACUUUUACAUUCCACUGUAUGAAUAGAAAGCAUUUUAUAUUGCUCUGAUUUGUGUACUAAAUUCCUUAGUCUAAUUUAACUGGUUCAGUAUUUCGUUCAAGAACUGUAGCUUGUGUAUGUGUAUGGUGUAUGUGUUUACUGGAAAACGGCAACUUCCUCUCAUUAGUGUAGCCUAAUUUGGGAGAUUGCAUCUGUUUAUUAAAAAUUAUGUAUGGCACUCUUGUUUGCACUUGCUUACUUUCGAUAUUAAGUUCUUCUCUGUCAUUUGUCUCGUUUCAAGCAAUUUUUCCCCAAACUUUAUAGUGCUAGUGGUCCAAGAGUUUGCUUUUAUAAAGAGAAACAGAAAUAUUUGGCUGUUAUCAAAUCCAUAUAGUUGUUCAGAAAGUCUGUGAAAUUGUGCGCUGUAAUAAGGGUUAAGGAAUUAUGGCUGUGGUGAACAAAAACAAGGUCACUAUUGGGCUUCAGUGCUUUUGGCUGCUGUAUAUAGUUAAAUGAAAAUGGGCUGUGUGUUCUUUAAACACAGCGUUAAAAGAGGUGAAACAUUUUCUAGAUGUGGGAUUCCAAAAUAAAUAUGCAAUGGAUCAAUUACAGCUGUCAAAAUAUGCAGCAAAUAUAUAUUCUAAAAGAAUUCUCUUAUUUUAAAAUUAUAUAUACAUAUUUAGUGAACAAGAUUACGCACCUUAUAUUUUUAAUUCAUUACAACUAUAAAUUGAGUAAUAAAGUAAGUUUGGAUGCUGUUGUGUUUGUAGGGAAUGAAAAAGGAGUGCAUUAGGCUGUAGACUUAUGAAAAUGAAGGGAAUUUUUAUAUUCUUUGACAUGUUCACUCAAAUGUGUUGAUGUAGAAAUGUAGUUUUAUGCAAAACCAUAUAUUUGUCUUGCAGACAUUUAAUAUUGGCUUUGUUUUCUAUCCCAUUGAUAGCAUGAAGGUAUUGCUUGUAAUGUUCUCUUUAAUUUUUUAUUUAAUGUCAUAACACAUUAAUUAUUGAGAGGGACUCAGAAUUGACAACAUGACAAAAGUGUCACAGCUGUGGACCAGCUACUUGAUUCCAGUGUAUUUCACGUCAAUAUUAAAUUAAAUUAAAUUAUUUAUCAUAUUAUACAAGGGACACUUUGUUCCUUUAUUCUUGUAAUUUGAUGCAUAUUAGUUAUAUUUUAUGAGUAAUAUUUUUGUGCAGUCUCUGAAUCAUGUUCACCUACAUCUAUAUACCUCCCAGUAUGUGACUUUUAAGCUUUUAGACACACUCUGUUAUGUUGUACUUUAUAUUAAUUUUUAUGCAUUACUUAUGUAUUUCCUUUAAA